AUACCAAGAAAAGAGGAAGUCGUAUAUAACUGGGCUGUUGGAGCAACAGAGAAACAGAUGGCAAGCAUGCGUCGGAAUGACGGUGCAAUGUUUACUGUAACGAAGGUUGUGGACGGGUCGGAUAAUGACAGAGUGUGCAUUGGAUCGCACAUGACGCUUACGAGGCUGGAUAUGAUCACUUGUAGUAACACGGUGCUUAAG